ACACGUUGCACACUGACAGUUCGCCCAGUAGAAUCCGUAGUGACACCGUUGUUUUGUGUAUUUUUCGAUUGCCCAUCCGGAUUUCGUCCGUUAAGUGGAUCCAAAACAUGCAAGAACUUACCGAACGUAUCCUUCAAUAUAUUGAGCAGCAUGGCGACGUGGAUACGUUGGAUUUGGUGUCGGUGUUCGGUGAGGAUCAUCAGAAAAUUGUCGGCGCCGUGAAGAGCAUCGAGUCCACGGCAGCGGAUCUGAUCCAUACGGUUCAAGCGACUAGAAAAUCCUGGGAGCUCACCGGCGAGGGUAAAUUAAUACUGGAAAAGGGAAGCCAUGAAGCUGUGAUUUUCAACGCCAUUCCGGAGGAAGGAAUCGCCCAAGCGGAACUGAUGAAAACUUCCCCUAACGCCAAGGUUGGUUUCAGUAAAGCUAUGUCUAGCGGCUGGAUACUAAUGGAUAAGUCGGGUGUCACGCCUCUGAUAAAACGAAAGGUUGAAAAGGUAGAUGAUGUGGUAAAAGAACAUUGUAAGGCUGUCGCGGAAGGACGAUACAAUGAUAUAUCGGAUAAUGUUAAGAAUGAGUAUAAGAAGCGUAAAAUUCUGACGGAAACGGUCAUCAAAAGUUUCGUGCUAUCUAAGGGACCCGAGUUUUCGACGAGUUUAAAAAAGCUGGAAACUGAUCUCACCGUGGAAAUGCUGGCAUCCGGUAUCUGGAAAGAUCUCAAAUUCAAACCCUAUAAUUUUGAUGCCUUGGGAGUUCCACCGGAGCGAGGUCAGCUACAUCCACUGAUGAAAGUUCGCUCGGAAUUCCGACAAAUUUUCCUUGAGAUGGGAUUCUCUGAAAUGCCAACUAACAACUUUGUAGAGUCCUGCUUCUGGAACUUUGACGCAUUGUACGUUCCUCAGCAGCAUCCAGCGCGCGAUCAGCAGGACACUUUUUUCGUAUCCCACCCAAAAAUGAGCAACAAAUUCCCGCUCCAAUUGCUCGAAGCUGUUAAAGAAUCGCAUGAGUCGGGAACUGACGGUUCCAUAGGUUAUCGUUACGAUUGGAAGCUGGAGGAAGCACAGAAGAAUGUUCUUCGAACCCACACAACGGGUGUGAGCGCACGAAUGUUGUACAAAAUCGCCCGCCAGUCGGGCGGCUUCAAACCUGUUAAAUACUUCAGCAUCGAUAAAGUCUUCCGAAAUGAAACCCUGGACGCUACCCAUUUGGCCGAAUUUCAUCAGGUUGAAGGCGUAGUCGCGGACUACGGCAUCACGCUGGGCGAUCUCAUUGGGACAUUCAACGCAUUCUUCAACAAGCUCGGUAUCACGGAGCUGGAGUAUAAGCCGACCUUCAAUCCGUACACCGAACCAUCGAUGGAGAUUUUCUGCUUCCAUCCUGGCUUGCAGCGAUGGAUCGAGGUGGGCAAUUCGGGUGUAUUCCGACCGGAGAUGUUGCGACCUCUGGGCGUCCCCGAGGGAGUGAACGUUAUCGCCUGGGGUCUCUCGCUGGAGAGACCCACGAUGAUCAAGUACGGCAUCAACAACAUUCGGGAUCUGAUUGGGCCCAAAAUAGAUCUUAAAAUGGUGCAAGAUGGACCGAUCUGUCGGAUGAAUCGCUAAGCAGAAUGGAUGGGUUGGAAGAAUUUUGUGAGUUUAGUUUACUUUGCUACAUAAAUGAUUGAAUGAAAAGUAGAGAGCAGUGUAGCGCGAAACAUGAUAA